ACAGAGCCUCGCUCUUUGUCCCCAUCUGUCGUUCACACGAACGCAAGCCUUUGGCAUUCGGCAGCCAAUAGAAUCUAAGAAAUGGCGGAAAAAUGAUUCCGCCUCGGGAGAUAAACCUUGAUUGGCAGUUCAGCUAACCAAUCGAGAACGCCACUUUGUACCCCUUGGGAGGCACCGAGCUCCGUCGUCUCGUUUCCGGCGGUCGCGCGCUCUUUUCUCGGGACGGGAGAGGCCGUGUAGCGUCGCCGUUACUCCGAGGAGAGACCAGUCGGUAGAGGAGAAGUCGAGGUUAGAGAGAACUGGGAGGCACUUUGCUGUCUUUAAUCGAAGUUGAGGGUGCAAAAAUGCAGAGUAAUAAAACUUUUAACUUGGAGAAGCAAAACCAUACUCCAAGAAAGCAUCAUCAACACCACCACCAGCAGCAGCACCACCAGCAGCAACAGCAGCAGCCGCCACCACCACCAAUACCUGCAAAUGGGCAACAGGCCAGCAGCCAAAAUGAAGGCUUGACUAUUGACCUGAAGAAUUUUAGAAAACCAGGAGAGAAGACCUUCACCCAACGAAGCCGUCUUUUUGUGGGAAAUCUUCCUCCCGACAUCACCGAGGAAGAAAUGAGGAAACUAUUUGAGAAAUAUGGAAAGGCGGGCGAAGUCUUCAUUCAUAAGGAUAAAGGAUUUGGCUUUAUCCGCUUGGAAACACGAACCCUAGCGGAGAUUGCCAAAGUGGAGCUGGACAAUAUGCCACUCCGUGGAAAGCAGCUGCGUGUGCGCUUUGCCUGCCAUAGUGCAUCUCUUACAGUUCGAAACCUUCCUCAGUAUGUGUCAAACGAACUGCUGGAAGAAGCCUUUUCUGUGUUUGGCCAGGUAGAGAGGGCUGUAGUCAUUGUGGAUGAUCGAGGAAGGCCCUCAGGAAAAGGCAUUGUUGAGUUCUCAGGGAAGCCAGCUGCUCGGAAAGCUCUGGACAGAUGCAGUGAAGGCUCCUUCCUGCUAACCACAUUUCCUCGUCCUGUGACUGUGGAGCCCAUGGACCAGUUAGAUGAUGAAGAGGGACUUCCAGAGAAGCUGGUUAUAAAAAACCAGCAGUUUCACAAGGAACGAGAGCAGCCACCCAGAUUUGCACAGCCUGGCUCCUUUGAGUAUGAGUAUGCCAUGCGCUGGAAGGCACUCAUUGAGAUGGAGAAGCAGCAGCAGGACCAAGUGGACCGCAACAUCAAGGAGGCUCGUGAGAAGCUGGAGAUGGAGAUGGAGGCUGCACGCCAUGAGCACCAGGUCAUGCUAAUGAGACAGGAUUUGAUGAGGCGCCAAGAAGAACUUCGGAGGAUGGAAGAGCUGCACAACCAAGAGGUGCAAAAACGAAAGCAACUGGAGCUCAGGCAGGAGGAAGAGCGCAGGCGCCGUGAAGAAGAGAUGCGGCGGCAGCAAGAAGAAAUGAUGCGGCGGCAGCAGGAAGGAUUCAAGGGAACCUUCCCUGAUGCGAGAGAGCAGGAGAUUCGGAUGGGUCAGAUGGCUAUGGGAGGUGCUAUGGGCAUAAACAACAGAGGUGCCAUGCCCCCUGCUCCUGUGCCAGCUGGUACCCCAGCUCCUCCAGGACCUGCCACUAUGAUGCCGGAUGGAACUUUGGGAUUGACCCCACCAACAACUGAACGCUUUGGUCAGGCUGCUACAAUGGAAGGAAUUGGGGCAAUUGGUGGAACUCCUCCUGCAUUCAACCGUGCAGCUCCUGGAGCUGAAUUUGCUCCAAACAAACGUCGCCGAUACUAAUAAGUUGCAGUGUCUAGUUUCUCAAAACCCUUAAAAGAAGGACCCUUUUUGGACUAGCCAGAAUUCUACCCUGGAAAAGUGUUAGGGAUUCCUUCCAAUAGUUAGAUCUGCCCUGCCUGUACUACUCUAGGGAGUAUGCUGGAGGCAGAGGGCAAGGGAGGGGUGGUAUUAAACAAGUCAAUUCUGUGUGAUAUAUUGUUUAAUCAAUUCUGUGUAGUGCAUUCAUGAAGUCUCAAAUGUGAUUGUUGAGGGCCUGGGGAAACCAUGGCAAAGUGGAUCCAAUUAGAGCCCAUUAAUCUUGAUCAUUCCGUUUUUUUUUUUUUGUCCAUCUUGUUUCAUUUCCUUGCCCCGCUCCUAAGACGGAGUCUCACUCUGUCACCCAGGUUGGACUGUACUGGCACAAUCUCAGCUCACUGCAACCUCUGCCUCCCGGGUUCAAGCUUGUCCAGGCUGAUCUUGAACUCCUGACCUCAUGAUCCAUCCACCUUGGCCUCCCAAAAUGCUGGGAUUACAGGGGUGAGCCACAGUGCCCAUCCUUACUUUCUUUUCUUUACACUCCCCUAGUCCCAGAGAAACUGCCACAUACACCACAAAAACCAAACAUCCCCCGAUGACCUUAGCCCCAUUGCUCCAUUCACUCCCAGGUGAGAAUUCAGGCAAACGUCCACAAAGGUCACAGGCAAUGUGCGUACGGUUCUGUUAUAUCCCAUAUAUUACCCCUUCAUGUCCUAAAGAAGACAUUUUCUCUUAGAGAUUUUCAUUUUAGUAUAUCUUUAAAAAAAAAAAAAUCUUGUGUUAACUUGCCUCCAUCUUUUUCUUGGGUGAGGACACCCAGGAAUGACCCUUUUGUGUCUAUGAUGUUGCUGUUCACAGCUUUUCUUGAUAGGCCUAGUACAAUCUUGGGAACAGGGUUGCUGUAUACUGAAGGUCUGACAGUAGCUCUUAGACUCGCCUAUCUUAGGUAGUCACGCUGUGCAUUUUUUUUCAUUGGUGUACUGUGUUUGAUUUGUCUCUGAUAUAUUUGGAGUUUUUCUGAGAAAUGGAGCAGUAAUGCAGCAUCAACCUAUUAAAAUACAUUUUAAGCCUUUUAA